AUGCUAGGAAUAUCGUCGCAAUGUCUUGCUGCACUCAACUCAACCCUGCCCUGCGACAACGCCCUCUUUCAGUGGACGCUCAAUGUCGACCGCCUUCACUGGGAGGAGCCGGACGUGGCAGGCCUGUGCACCAAGGACUGCACCGCCGGCGCCGCGCGCUGGCGGACCGACGUCAAGGCCGCCUGCGCGGACCAGUACGUCCGGUCCGGCGACCGGUACGUCCCCGCGGACACCCUCAGCGGACGCUUCACCGACGGACUCAACGUCGCCUGCGCGCAGUCCUCCAAGGACCAGUGGUGCCUGCUCGCCUCCUACGACUGGGUCGGCUCGGACGUGGUGCAGGUCGACUGCGACGCCAACCCGGCCGACCCGUGGUGCCUCAACAAGGCCGAGCCGCUCGCCAACCACAGCCGCAUCUCCACGCUCUACGACGAGGAGCUGCUGUGCUCCGAGUGCUUCGUCAAGAUGCUCCGGUUGCGCGUCAACUCGGACUUUUUGCCCGACGCCGACUUCUCGGACUACCUGACGGACGAGCUGCAGGACGUGGAGAGGGUCUGCGGCAGCAAGGCGGAGCCGCUCACGACGCGUGCGCUGCCCUGGUACCCGGAGCUGACAGACGGGCCGCUGAUCGGCAUCACGACGACACCGACCACGACCACGACGGCGCGGCCCACAGCGACGGUGUGCGCAGGCCGCACCGUGGAUAUCGGGCCGGACCUGGAGCAGGAGAUGUCGUGCCACGACAUUGCGGAAAAGUACGAGGUUGGAUCUGGGGCGGUUGCGAUGGCUACGAGGAGUGAAUUUUGCUACACGGACAAGCCAAUCUGCAUCCCGCAAAAGUGCACGCUCUACACCGUCGAAGAUGGUCAAACCUGUGAGAGCGUGGCGAGCUCCUUGUCCAAGCUGAACAAUGCCAACGUCACUGUUGCUCAACUUGCCACUUGGAACCCCAACCUGCUCGGAGCCUGUGACGCCCUUGUAGCGCAAUUCAUUUGCACCAGCCCCCCUGGGGGUGCGUGGACCAAGCCGCCCGCGUCCGAGAUCCCGGACAACGGCGACGGCCCCGUCCGGGGCGGCCCCGGCACCACGCCAAGCCAACCCAUCACGGACAACCCGCACGACGUCGCGCCCGACAAGGUGCAGCAAGGCAUCGCCACCGACUGCACCCGCUGGAUCCUCGCCAACUCGACCGCUGCCAGCUGCUGGAAGCUCGCCAACGACGCGCGCAUCAGCAUCGUCCGCCUCUGCGCACUCAACCCUGUCCUCGGCGACCACGGGCAGAACUGCGGCACCCAGAUCUGGCUCGGCUACUACUACUGCGUGGCCCGCAAGGGGGACACCCCUACCCCGACCAGCUCCAGCUCCAGCUCCAGCUCCAGCUCCCCGCCGCCCACCAGCACGGGCCCGCCGAAGCCGAGCAAGACGCAAAAGGGCAUCGCCGAGGACUGCGUCAAGUUCGAGGAGGCCAGGUCGGGCGACUCGUGCUGGGCCAUUGCGAACCGCGCGGGCGUGGAGCUGGCCUCGCUGUACAAGUGGAACGCGGUGCUCGGCGCGGCGGGCGAGAACUGCGGCACACAGAUCUGGCCGGGCUACUUUUACUGCGUCGGCGUGUCGGGCGGUGGCUCCCCGACGCCCACGACGACUUCCUCGGGGCCGCCGCUGCCGACGCAGACACACGACGGCUUCCCCAUGGACUGCAAGAGGUACGUGGCGGCCAAGAGCGGCGACAGCUGCUGGGCGCUCGCCAACGACAACGGCGUGGCGCUGGACGUGUUCUACAAGCUGAACCCGGUGCUCGGCGCCAACGGGGAGAACUGCGGUAGCAAGAUAUGGCCGGGGUACUAUUACUGCUUGGCAAGGUGA